GUAGAUGUAGAUUAAAACAAGAAAAAUCGACUAUACCUCAAUUAGUUGAAUUAAGUCAAAUGAGAAUUUUAUUUUUGGAAAUUCUGCAUGACUGUAUAAAUGAACCACUUUUGUUUACUUGUUGAUAGGACAUGGAACUGAGAUUACAGCUCUGAAAAUCCUUUACUUUCUAUUUUAGGAAUCUGAGUGCUAUACAGUCAAUUUUAUUUUGCAGUCAGCUCUGGGGAACCACUGGCCUUGGUUUCCCAUGAUGGCUUUUGCAAUCUUUUAAGAAUAAGACGGAGGGGUGCCGUAAAUUAACUUUGAACAUUUACUUUUAAAUUACAAUGGAAACUGGUUCCACAUAUACAAUCCAUAUACAAGCGGGUAAAUACACUUGGGCCACGUGUUUAGGCAAACGACUUUCUUAUCAUUCAGGUGGCAGUGAGUACUUCCAAUCUCACCCACCUAGCAGGAGGCGUUGGUUGGUAUCUCUGCACCGGGAGUUCCACAAUUUCAUUAUUAUUUUAGCUGAGACUAUAUAUAACGAUAUUCCCUGAAAUUUACCCGGACACGUACGGUAGCAAGAGUUCAGAAGUGAGAUUGCAAUUAGAAGUAAAGGUAGCCUUUUCCCCAACUUUCCCUUUUCUUUCUUUCUUUUAAAAGAAGUUUCAAAUUAAGUUCUCAUUGCCACGUAGGUGCUGGUCAAUUACCCAAUCAGCGAGGGCGCCGCAGCCAGGACUAGGGGAAAGCUGAUACACCUGUAUCACUUUUACAACCUGCCGCGCACCGCGUUUUGCUCAAGACUCACUCGCAGGCUGCGUCAGGCAAGAUCAGGGGAAGUUUCUGAGAAAGUUUCCGAGUCCCGGCCGCAUUGGGAGAGGGUCCCAUCAUCCUUAAGCACCAGCGCAAACACAAUCCCCGGCUGGAUCUUCGGUACCUACGGGGCCCCAGCAAAUGCGCGAGGCGAGUUUUCCUUCGGGACGGGCGCCGCGAGCCCGAGCCCCGCGACUCCCGCAGCGCGCUCAGUGGAAGACUCGGCCUCCGCCCCUGCAGCCGCCUGCCCGGCUCCCGCGACCUCUGCCGGCGGCCGAGGACCAGCCGGUCCCGCCGGCUCCCGCCCCCGCUGCACGCGGCGGGGUCCUCCCGCUCCUCCCCGCGGUCCCCGAUGGGCUCGGCCGCCCGGCCCCGGACGCCUCAGCGUCGCAGCCCAGCGGCAGCCUCCGCGGCUCCUCGCGCCGGCGCUAUGGAGACGGUCACGAGACGCCGGCGGCGCCGGCGGCGGCCAAUAGGAGCGCACGUCGCGGGGAGACGCGGACGUCGCUCUUCCAAGAUGGCGGCUCGUCCGUCGCGAGCUGCCGGGCCGGGGGGAAGCCUGCGAAGCCUAGUAAAGCCGCCGCCCGGGACAGGACCGAAGGAGCUGUCGCCGCCGUUGGCGGCGGCUCGGGCCCUUUUCGCUGCUGCCACGGCUGUUGCCAUGCGGCGAGGCUAGGGAGGAGCGCACUUCCGCGGGGUGUAAUAAUGUUAACAGAGACCAGUCUGUCCAUAUGGGGAUGGGGAAGCCUUGGCAUUGUUCUUUCUUUAAUAACCUUUGGACCCUUUGUGAUACUUUACUUGGCAUUUUAUAUCCUCUGCUUUGUGGGUGGGGGUUUUGUGGUUACUCUCCUGUUUGGGAAAACGAACUCUGAGAAAUACCUAGAGCAGUGUGAACACUCAUUUCUUCCUUCAACAUCAACUGGGAUUGCUAAGUGCUUAGAAGAAAUGAAACGGGAAGCCAGAACCAUAAAGAUUGAUAGAAGAUUGACGGGUGCCAAUAUAAUUGAUGAACCUCUUCAACAAGUUAUCCAGUUUUCUUUAAGGGAUUAUGUCCAGUAUUGGUAUUAUACACUAAGUGAUGAUGAAUCCUUCCUUCUUGAAAUUAGGCAGACUCUUCAAAAUGCACUCAUUCAGUUUGCUACAAGGUCAAAGGAAAUAGAUUGGCAGCCUUACUUUACUACACGCCUUGUAGAUGAUUUUGGCACACACCUUCGAGUAUUCAGAAAGACCCAGCAGAAGAUAACAGAGAAAGAUAAUCAAGUAAAAGGUACAGCAGAGGACCUUGUAGCAACCUUCUUUGAAGUUGAAGUUGAAAUGGAGAAGGACGUUUGCCGUGAUUCAGUGUGCACUUCUUCCAAAGAUGAAGAAGGUUUUCUAAGAGAUUUGUGUGAGGUCUUAUUAUAUUUAUUGCUACCUCCUGGAGAUUUCCAGAACAAGAUCAUGCGAUACUUUGUCAGGGAAAUUCUUGCACGAGGAAUUAUUCUCCCUUUAAUAAAUCAACUCAGUGAUCCUGAUUAUAUUAAUCAGUAUAUCAUAUGGAUGAUCCGAGAUUCUAAUUGCAACUAUGAGGCCUUUAUGAACAUUAUUAAAUUGAGUGACAAUAUUGGAGAACUAGAAGCAGUCAGAGAUAAGGCAGCAGAAGAAUUACAGUAUCUUCGAUCUCUAGAUACAGCUGAUGAUGAUAUCAACACUAUCAAAAAUCAAAUAAAUAGCUUAUUAUUUGUAAAGAAAGUAUGUGACUCAAGAAUUCAGCGGUUACAGUCAGGCAAAGAAAUAAAUACUGUGAAAUUGGCAGCAAACUUUGGGAAACUUUGCACAGUCCCCCUGGACAGCAUUCUUGUAGACAAUGUGGCACUACAGUUUUUUAUGGAUUACAUGCAGCAAACUGGAGGUCAAGCACAUCUCUUCUUCUGGAUGACAGUGGAAGGGUACAGGGUUACAGCCCAGCAACAACUAGAAGUUUUAUUAAGUCGUCAGAAAGAUGGAAAACAUCAGACCAAUCAAACAAAAGGUCUAUUAAGGGCAGCUGCUGUUGGAAUUUAUGAACAGUAUUUAUCAGAAAAGGCAUCCCCAAGAGUUACUGUGGAUGAUUACUUGGUAGCAAAAUUAGCAGAUACUUUGAAUCAUGAAGAUCCUACCCCUGAAAUUUUUGAUGACAUUCAAAGGAAGGUGUAUGAACUGAUGCUACGUGAUGAAAGAUUUUACCCCUCCUUCAGACAGAAUGCACUUUAUGUGCGUAUGUUAGCUGAGCUAGAUAUGUUAAAAGAUCCCAGUUUCAGAGGAUCAGAUGAUGGUGAUGGAGAAUCUUUUAAUGGGUCUCCUACAGGAAGCAUAAAUUUGUCUUUAGAUGACCUUUCAAAUGUAUCUACUGAUGACUCAGUACAACUUCAUGCUUACAUUUCUGAUACUGUAUAUGCUGAUUAUGACCCAUAUGCUGUGGCAGGCGUUUGUAAUGAUCAUGGCAAGACAUAUGCGUUGUAUGCCAUCACUGUUCAUCGACGCAAUCUCAACAAUGAAGAGAUGUGGAAAACCUAUCGUCGUUAUAGUGACUUCCAUGACUUCCACAUGCGAAUCACUGAACGGUUUGAAAAUCUGUCAAGCAUAUUGAAGCUUCCUGGUAAGAAGACUUUUAACAAUAUGGAUAGAGAUUUUUUAGAAAAGAGAAAGAAAGAUCUAAAUGCAUAUUUGCAGUUACUCUUAACUCCUGAAAUGAUGAAAGCAUCCCCAGCUUUGGCUCACUAUGUGUUUGAUUUCCUUGAGAACAAAGCCUAUAGUAAAGGGAAAGGGGACUUUGCUCGAAAGAUGGACACUUUUGUAAAUCCACUUCGCAAUUCUAUGAGGAAUGUUUCAAAUGCAGUCAAAUCCCUUCCUGAUAGCUUGGCAGAGGGAAUGACUAAAAUGUCAGAUAACAUGGGUAAAAUGUCAGAAAGAUUAGGUCAAGAUAUAAAGCAAUCAUUUUUUAAGGUGCCUCCUUUAAUUCCGAAGACUGAUUCAGAUCCUGAACAUUGUCGAGUCUCAGCUCAACUUGAUGAUACUGUGGAUGACAAUAUUCCACUGAGGGUAAUGCUGCUUCUUAUGGAUGAAGUAUUCGAUUUAAAAGAAAGAAACCAGUGGUUGCGAAGGAAUAUAAAAAAUCUGCUUCAACAACUUAUUAGAGCUACAUAUGGUGACACUAUUAAUAGAAAAAUUGUUGACCAUGUUGACUGGAUGACAUCACCAGAGCAAGUAGCAGACUUAGUGAAACGUUUCAGAGAUGCCUUUUGGCCGAAUGGCAUUUUAGCAGAGACUGUUCCAUGCAGAGAUAAAUCUAUUCGAAUGAGAACAAGAAUUGCAGGAAAAACUAAAUUACUUUCAAUUAUGCCAGAUGAACUGAAGCACAUUAUUGGGGCUGAGACCACAAGGAAAGGUAUUCUUCGUGUAUUUGAAAUGUUUCAGCACAACCAGUUAAAUAGGAGAAUGGUUUAUGUCUUCUUGGAAGGCUUUUUGGAAACCUUAUUUCCACAGUAUAAAUUCCGUGAACUUUUCAACAAACUGCAUUCACGGUCAAAGCAGAUGCAGAAAUAUAAACAUAAACUUCAAACUCAAGCGCCUUCUUUACAAAAAAGGUGACCCUCCAAUCUACGAAGCUGGUGUUCAUUUUGUCCAAGACUAAUGCUAUGGACAUCUUCUGGGGCUUAACUCAUACUAUUGUGUCUGCACCAGUCUUUAGUGUCUCAAAAUAGAUUAAUACAUCCAUAAGACUGUGAUUCUUUUCAUCCUUGUCUGUAAUUCAACCACUACCAGAGAGAUGUCUGUGUCUUAAAUGAUUUGGUGCAUAUUUUUGCAACAGUGAGAGGAUACUGCCCCCAUCUCGAGCAAGAAUGACAUCAGUCUCUUUCAAACUAAUCAGCUUUCUCCAGCGGUGACAAAGUGCCAGAGUGUAUAUGUAAGAGCUAAGGAAAGCACAAAAUGGUUUGCAGAUAAAUUGGCUAAUUUAUUUAACAGUGGGGUACUGUGCAAUGUAUAAUUUGGAACAAUUUGUUUUGAAUAAUGAUUUUAUAGGUUUUUGUCACAUAUUUGAUAUGGUGUGGAUUAGAUAGGUGAAUCUCUUUAGAGUAUCUGUUUCCAGUCUGGGGAUCAUGACAGAAUGUCCUUAAACUAUAAAGUAAUUUAAUAUAUGAAUUAUAGUUUUUUGACAAAGCAUUUUAAAAUAAAGCCAAUCAAAACAAUUUGAUUGGAAUUGUUAUUCAUUGGCAUAAAAUUUUAAUUGGUUCCUUUGUGUUUUAAGGGCUCUAUUUUGCUCUUCUGAUAUGCAAUCAUACAUCUUCUUUUGGCAUUUUGUGUGCAAAAAGAAGCAUAUGGUGGCUCUCAUUUAAGUUUCAAAAUUAUUUCAGUUUUCUUUAUCCUGAGAUUACUGAUUAUACACUAGGGGGUUUAAUUUGCUCAAAGAACUGCCAGAUACAUUCUGUCCUAAAAAAACAUGAAAGUAAAAAUAUAAUACACUAUUUAAAGUUAUCGUUAGGUACAGUUUUAAAUUGUGUGAUCUAGAUAUACUUAGGUAAGUGCAAAAUUAGCCUAUCAAGGGAUUAAGUGAGCUUCUUUAGUCAUAUGUAAACAUACAAAUUUUUAAUUCUAUUACAGUGUACAUAUAUGAAAAUAAUGAAAACAGAUCCUAAUAUUUUUUAAAAUAUGCUUUUAUUUAUAUUUUGCAUAAUGUAAAAUUCUACUAACUAAAGCAAGUUGGCGAAAAUCUUAAUGUAUACAUUUAAGUCCCUAAAAUAAUUUUAUACCAACAACAAAAAAAAACUUUUCCAGUUUUGAAGACUGCAUUUCCUAUAGUUUCUUGUUUUUCGUUGUCCAUCUAGGAAGAGCUCAUAUCCCCUGUAUGCAGAAUUUCUGCAUAGUUUUAAAUACUUCCACUGAUUAAAGGUUUGGGUAUGUCAGCCUUUUUAGUUUAAAAAUAUUAAACACUAAAACCUUAAUAUAGUAAAGCUACUUAUCAGACCACUGAACCAAGAUCCUGGUAUUAAAAGAACAUCUGGGUGCUUAAGACAAAAGGACAGAGUAUUGGUAUCCCAGUUAUUUGGGAGCUUUAAAAUUGGAACAAGAUAUUAUUUUCACUGAGAUUCUACUUAAACAGUGAAGCCUAUUAAUAGAAUAAAGCGUUCCUUUAGAGCUUUAUUAUCAUAUUUAUUAAUAAUGCUGUUGUGCAUACUUAUUGUAUGCAUGAAUUCAGCAUGUCUUGCAUGUCUUCAGAAUUACAUAAGUGAAAAUUCCUUUCAUUUUAAUUUACAGAUGAGAAAAGGUCCUUAUUUUCUGUAAUGAAAAACAUAUUUCUUCUCAGUGUCUCCCUGCCCACGCCCCUCCCCAUGCCCCAGGAUGUAAACAUGAAGGGAACAUGAGCAUGGCUCUAAGUGCAAUGAAUUUUCAAAUAUACCCUUGCCUGUUUCAAGUAUAUUUUUGACAUGAGUAAAUCUAAUACUAUACAGAAGAAUCCAUGUAAAAUCCUCAUAUAUGGGUGUGAAAAAAGUGUUUCUAGAUAAUAUGAGAAAUGCUGGCCAUUAACCAGGGAAAUAAAGGUCAAGCAAGAUUUCAGAUUUUCAUAACAGAUCCCUGCAAGGUAACUGCAAUCAUACCAAAAACUAUUUGAAUAAAUGAGUUUUUAAAAUGAUAUUUGUUUAAAAGAGUAUAUAUUUCAAACUCAGAAAUGUCAAAUGGCAGUGUGUAAGUGGUUGUGCAUCUUCUCUAUGCACAUUUAUGGUUUACAUCAGAGGGAGCUGUGGUCAUACUAAAAUUAGUGAUACUUUUUGAAUGACUUGGUCAAGCCGUGUAUAAAAUAUUUAACCCAUAAGUCAAGUACAGUGUACUAUGUUUAAAGUUAUUACAUUAAUGCAUUUACUGCAUCUAUGAAUAUAUACAUGAAGAGGCUUUAUGUCUUCAGAUAUUUGACUUUUAAAUGUGAUUUUAAGUCAUUGGUGCCUUUAGGCAUGGACUUUCAAAAUUAAUCAUUCUUUGUUUCAGUUUUCUGAUUUUUCAGGUAACACAUAAGCUAUUUAGAAACCAUCACUGCUAACUUACAGUUCAUCUAAAACAUUGACUGUAUGAUUUCAGUAUAGCACUUAGAUGGGCAUUGCCUACAAUUAAGAUAUUCUGAAUAGUUGCUGGAAAUAAUUGUGCCACUUGACCAAUGGAUGCACUUGGUUAGCCUUAAUUUUUUUUUUCCAAAAACACUUAAAAUUUCUGAAAUAGUUUGUUCAUUUUAAGUUUGUAUUGCUGGUAUUUGGGGAGGAAAUCACAGGUCAGUCCUUUCAGAGUGAACCAUUUUUUUUUAAAUUAAGAAUAGUAAUUUUCACGGUCUAAAAUUUUUUAUUUUGUGCAAUAUUUUCAUUUAAUGCAUGUGUACUUGAGUAAUUGUAAAAUAAAUGAAUUUUUAAUGUUUUGAGAUCAAGUUUAAACUGUCUUCUUAACUCAACAACUUACAUUCCGUUGUUGCAUCAUUUUAUUUAAGGACUUGUUUUAAAAGUCUUUAUUGUCACAUCUUGUAAAAUUUCUUUGUUAUUAGUAAAUUUUGCUUAUAGGAGCUUUGUUCCUAUAUUCAAGGGGAAAAUAUAAAGAGCACAUCUUAGGAUUUUAAUUGUUAAAAGAUAACUUGUGCAUAUCAUUGUACAUAAGUGUCAACUGUGUGCCUAAUUAUUCUAUCAAUACUUUCCUUCAACAAAGAAUAAACAACAAUCAGAAUGUUAUUUUUAUGGAGCUAAAAACAUUAAAAUUUUUAUUUGGUUUGUGUUAUGUUCUGUCCAUUAGAAAUUACUAAUAAAGUAUUAACAAAUCUUUUUGUUGAAUUUAUGUAAUAGUGAUAUAUUUUUAUUUCUUACUAAAGUUAAUUAGUAGAAUGUUUUAUUUUUAGUAUCUGAGUAUUUUAUUUUUUCAUUUUAGAAAAUAAGCAAUUUAAGAUCCUGUUUAUUAGAUGAGUCAAUGAGUGAUUAUUGACUUGACACCGAAUUUUUUUCUUUUAUAAGGCAAGUAAUUUGUUCCCACAAUGUUAAAGAAACUUUAUUUUCCUAACACAUAAAAAUGAUUAUGUAAAUUUUUCAUAGAAUAAGUAAUUCAUUAGCAAUUUUUAUUUGUUUUUUUUAUAGUCUGCCUAAUAUUUUAAAUAUUUUUGUUCUAAUGGCAGUUCAUUCAGUACUCAGCAUUGUAAUACUUGAUUGGUCAUAAUAUUUUCAGGCUUCUUAAACAUUUCAUAUGAUGUCUACAGUUCUUCCAGGAACUUGCAUUAUAAUUUCGGACCAUGUAAAUACUGAUCUCUCUACAGAGCCCUCGGGGACAGGAGGUGGUAUCAUACAUACAGAUAUGAACCUGUACUCUUAAAAUAUGUAGUAUUAUAAACCAUUGUUACCUCAAAAAUGAAUAACAACAGUGUCCCUCAGGAAUAGUUUUAUAUCUAUGUAACCCAUGCAAAUUUACUUACUACCCAAAACUUGGAAAUAUUUCUUUACAAUUUAAAUGGUUAUAUCAAGAACUCUGAAAAGUUCUAUGAUAACUAAGCCUUGUUGACUUCUUUUUAUCAAACUUCCCAAACUUAGUUAACCACAGAAUCAUUUGUAACAACCUCUUAACUAGAAAACAAUGUUAUCAAGAAGCAUGGUUUGAAAGAAAUCAUAGUUCUAAGGGGAGGGGGAAAAGUGAAAUAUAUUGACAAUCCAAGGGAAGUUCUUUAUGCUGAUAUAUAUAUGUAUAUAUAUGUGUACAUAUACAUAUAUGUGUGUAUAUAUAUAUAUAUAUCAGCAAGAUAGAGUUGAAUUUGGCAAUGGAUACCAGAAUAACCAAACAGCUCAGUGAGAAGUAAUACAAUCCAUAUUUUGAGGAGAGGGAAAUGUACUUUUCAAGGAUCUUGUUGACGUGAUCAAAAGAGGAGUAAUUAGGAAAUGCAAGGGGAAAGGAGAAAUAUAAUAAUGCCAGUUUUGAAGUGUGAACCAAACAUCAGUUCAUAUAAAAUGACAGGUGCAAGUAUUGGUUAAUUUAGGGAAAAUGCAGGAACUGGGGGUCUAGUAUUUCACCAAAAAAAUUAAAUAGAAUGAAAAUUAUGCUUAAUCAACAUAUGCCUAUACCUAUGUACAAUGUUUGAUGAAUGUACUGAAUGUGAUAUUUUAAAUUAAUGUUAUCAAAGUUGGAAUGUAACAAUAGGACCAUGUGCUAAAAGUCCCCCAGACAUACUGUACAUCUGGUUAUUCUGUAGGAGAGCUGGUAGGAUUCAAUGUCAAGAAUUGUUAUGGCCAGUGGAUGUUGAUGAAGGGCUGGGAAUGUAGCUCCAUAGCAGAGCACAUGCCUAACAUACUGAAUCCUGGGUUCAGCCCCCAACAAUGCGGGAGGGAGGAUAUAGAUCAUCAAAGGAAAAGGAUACGUGGAUGAAGUGUGAGGAAACUGGACACAAGUUCUCAGUGUUCCUCUCAGUGGAGUCACAUAGGUGUGUUUAAUUUUACCCCAGCCCUGUGUUGUUACCACACCUGUGAAAUGUCAACUGGAGUAGCUCAGUCAGAACUAAAUGCCUGCAAAUUUAUUAAGGUAAAUCGUCUCGGCACUCUAUACCUAACAUGUACCAAAAAAUCUGCACUUCUAGAGGGAAAGCACAUGUUAAGCACUAACCAUAUUUUUGUGUAUAAAAUUUAGACAUAGCCAUUUUUAUACUUUUUCGCAAUGGUGGGAAUCAUAAUUCUCAGAAUUCUGAGGACAUCGGUCAAAUAUGUGUAUUCAAUCUUCUCCACAACUGUAUACCUCGAUCUAAAAAAAGAGCUAAUAGAAAAUGCUAAGUUACACAGGUUAGUAAAGUUUGAUCCCUGCAUUGAAACCUCCCCUCCUAUAGAAGCUUAGUAAGUUUUAUCCCUGCAUAAAAACCUUAACUCCUAGAGGUGUGAAAAUAGCAGAGUAUUUAAAUAGAUUAAAGAGGGGAAAGAUCAUGUGAUACUUUUAUAUAGAAAUAGAAAAACCAAAGGAUUUGGAACACACAUCUUUAAAGAAUUCCAAAGAAGAGUGUAUUAUUUGCAAAAACAAAAGAAUUUGGAAAAUUAAAGUUGAUAUUUAUGAUAUUGAAAAUAAAGAAUUUAUUAUACCUUAGUACUUGAAAUGGUCUAUCCUGUUGAAAAUUCAAGAAGCUGGAAGAACUGAUUUAUGUAUUUCUAAUAAAGAUUCCCAGAGGAAAGAGUUUAUAAUAUUUCCAAUUACAACUUUUUAAGGUUUCAGGUACUGUUUUCUUCUCCAGUUUAUAGAUGGGAAAACUCAGGUGGACAACGUUUGAGUCAAUUGCCCCAAUUUUCACACCUGGUUAGUGAUGAGGCUGGAAUUUCAACUCAGGUGUUCUCAAAAAUCUUUCAGCUCUCCAUAAUAUCAUGAUCAUGUGGGGCGUAAUUCUUUCUUCUGGGGCUAGUCCUAUGUAGGGUUUAGCAGUAUCUGUGGUCUCUGCUCACUAGAUAAUACCUGUGGCACUACCCCCACUCCCAGUUAUAAUAAAAAUAUUUCCAGAUAUUGUCAAAUAAUGUCUUGGAUCAAAAUGGCCACCAGAUGAGAUUCUUUGAUCUGUGCUCUUGGUCCCAAACAGGAUAAAAUAGGGAUUAAAGGCGUCAGUUCUGGAUAUAUGUGUUUAUAAGCAUCUAAAAUUUGUAAAGAAAAUGUAAACUGAACACUUUGCAUUAAGCUGAUGGGGAAGUGGGAAGGCUAGGGAUAGGAAAAAACUUUUCACUUUAAUUUUCCAUAAUUAUGGUGGGGGGAAGGGAAAGUGGAGGAAAGGGUAUUUGCAGUUUAAGAUAAACAAAUUUUUCUUGAAGAUGUGAGUUGAAUGAGAAAUUUAUAUGAGAACUUUAUAUGAGAAAAUUGCUGUUUAACUCCUGUGAUGAGGCUAUUAUCUUUGAUAGCUGUGGGAUAUUUUAUUUUCAAAUGACUUGUCCUAAACACAUUGCAGUGACUGUUGUCCUUUUAAUUUUGUGAGUUCUCCCAGAGCCUGAAUAUUACUUUGCAGUCUUCUUUAUAAAUAAAGAUCCUUCCUAAAUGUU